AUGUGUUAUGAAGGAUUUAUUGAAAUGUAUCCGACAGGUCAACUUGGUCAGAAAACAUUUACUUCGAUAUGUAAAACAUUUGAUCCAGACACCGAUGAACAAAUAUGCGGAAAUGUGUUUAAUCGUAUGGAUAAGAAUAGUGACGGGACACGACUUGAAUCCAUAUUCGAUUUUUGGGAUAUCUCUGAAGAUGGACAACUCGAUCAGAACGAAUUGGGUUGUUUGAUUUCGGCUAUGUAUGAUCGAGCUCGAAUAAAAGAUCGUCAUGGUGAUAAUGAUCCUGAUGAACGUGCGAAAGAAAUAAUCAAGAAACUUGACAUUAACCAUGAUAAGAAAAUAAGCAAAGAAGAAUUUAUUCAAGGGUAUGUUUAA